AUGGCUUCAGCGUAUGAGGUGGAUACAUGGCUUGCGAUGAAUCAAGUUACCGUAGAGGGCGAUGACUUGCCUCGUCCUGUUUUCGAGUUCGCUGAAGCGAGUUUCCCGCCCUACGUCACUGACAUGCUUCUGGCAAAUUUCAAAAAACCGACGGUGAUCCAGUCGAUCUCAUGGCCAAUUGCACUAAGCGGCCGAGACAUGGUUUCAAUUGCAAAAACCGGUUCCGGCAAAACACUGGCGUUCAUUCUGCCUGCAAUUGUUCACACUGCUGGGCAAUCGCCACGAGGUCACCAGAAAAGCCCAUCAGUGUUGGUGCUUUUGCCUACGAGAGAAUUGGCUCAGCAAGUUGACGAAGUCGCGAAGCUUUACUGUAAGGUGAUGAAUCUGUCAGUGACUUGUCUGUUCGGUGGUGCUCCAAAGUCAGAACAAGCCCGUGAUCUCGAAAGAGGUGUUGAUGUGAUUAUUGCGACUCCAGGCCGACUAAUGGACUUCCUGGAAGCGGGUAAAACCGAUCUCCGGCGUUGCACCUUUCUUGUACUGGAUGAAGCAGAUCGUAUGCUCGACAUGGGAUUUGAACCUCAGAUUAGAAAAGUUGUAUCGCAAAUAAGAGUGUUGACGUGA